ACCACUUUCCCCCCACAGACUCGACCUCGCUUCCGACACUUAACGGCUUGCACUGCACUUUGCAUACUCUUGCGGCGCGUCAACACUCGCACCGGCCGCGGCCUUUGUACAACAGCGUGUUCUUUGUUCCUCGCGUUCUUUUCCGCUUUGCGCUUUGCCCUGUCACGUCGCCGCCAUCACGGAGCACACUCCUGUACCACUAGCCCGCCGCGGCACAUUCGCCGAUCAUGGCUGACAGAUUCGACCCGAUAAGCGAUGGCACGCCUGCAAAGAGGAGGAAACUUAAUGACGCGCGUGGUGGGAAGGAAUGGGACUCGAACGAAGACAGCGGGGACGACUUCAAGGCAGAUGAUUUCCAGACCGCGGCAACGCUGCCAUUGCCGACACAGCAGAGGAAGAACCAGCUGAACUACUCAUCUGCCCAAUUCCACUCGGAUCUUGGGGCCUCUUCCACGCCCGAUCAUGUCACGCAGCCGACGCAGCCUAUGCGGCCAGAGGUGCAAGUCGAGCGCUCUUCGCCCGCUGCGCAAUCACCGCAGAGAUCAACGGCACAGAGACCGACUCCGCAGCCGAUCCGUAAUCCCUUGAACAUGGCACAAGGCGUGCGUGGUGGCCUACUCGCGAGCGCAAUGGCGCCGCCGGGAACGGCAUUUCGGCGUCCAGUCAACGUACAAUCACAAAAUUGGCCUACGUCUGCAGAGAGCGAUGAGGAUGACGAUCCACCUGUCCGGCAUGAGAGUCAGCCAUCCCAGGCCCGUCAGCUGCCUCGGGCGCCGCUACGACCCACGGAAUUUAAGAGAGCGGGUGUGCAUCUGCCUUCGUCGCCGCCCCAGAUGCAGCGGGUUCAGGAGUCGCCUCGUGCAAAUCAGGCAUAUGCGCCAACUCCCAACAAUAUCAACACGCCGUUUAUGUCGAUGCUUAGUCAGUUCAGUCAUAGACCUGGCCAACAACCUCACCAUCAACCGCCGCAGCAGCCCCGUCCAGCGCCUGUCAACCCCCUCGGGUAUCACCACUACCCCUAUCAGCAACCAGUGUACGACUCGGCAGGUGCUUACGGCAACUCGACUCGGAUGCCACGACAAGCACCAAUGUAUCAGAUGCCUGGACAACAACAAUAUGCCCCGCGACCAAUGCCGCCCGGUCAUCCUGUGCAACAGCAACCACAUCCAGGAUGCCGCACUGCAAAUGAAAUUCCUGACUAUCACCUUCGAUUGAAGGUGCAAACCAUCCAGAAUGCUCUACCCCAAUACAGUGUUGUGGCAUGUCUUCAUGCUUUGCAAAAGACUCGAGGUAACGAGAGUCUUGCUAUGACAUGGCUGGUCGACCAGAGCGAACGCAGCCAAUCUUCAACAACCGCGGAUGAACUUUCUAGUCUCAGUCCUGUUCCGAGAAGAGGUGUGGCUCAGAACAUGUCGCCAUACCAUCCCAUGAAUUCUUCACAGGGGCCGCCACGCCCGACCGCCAAGCAGGACAUUCGAGCGAAGCAGACGAUCGCCGAAAAGUAUCGUGCGCGCAAGAAUGCACGCGUUGUACGCGACGAGGACGAAGAUAGUGACGAAGACGACGAUGAGGUAGUGCAGCGAGGCCGUGGCAGCGGGCGUACAACGCAGAGAUCUAGUCCAAUGUCGUCACCUCCACCUCCGGUACGCACUCGACCAGGCAGACUUGCAAAGAAGCGUGCGGCAGUCAUUAUUUCUGAUGACGAGGAUGGCGACUCGGGCAUAAUUCAUGAUGUGAGUGAUGGCUCUGACGGGGAGCCUGAACAGCAAGUCGUUGCGGAGGUCUCAGAAGAUGUGGUGUGGAUGAGAGAGGCGAGAGUACUCAAGCUGCUCAACGAAUCGACAGUGGCCGACCUUGCUGAGAUCACGGCCAAACCUGUCGACAACAUCAAGUUUGUAUUGGAUCAACGCCCGUUCAACGACCUGGAUGAGGUUCGCGCAAUCGUGCAGGAGACUUUGACCAAAGCUGGAAAGAAGUCGAAGAAGACGAAAGCGCUUGGAGAACAGCUUGUCGAAGAAUGCAUCGAGGUUAUGUCAGGUUAUGAUGCCGUCGACGAAUUGGUUGUCAAGUGUGAGAAGAUGGCAGCGCCGCUGCAGGAAGCCUUAAAAGCCUGGGGUGUUGGUGAUGUCAAGGAUGGAGAGCUGCAACUUAUGAGCCUCGACGAGGCACACGAUUCUGGCAUUGGCACACCAGCGAGCUCGGUCGCUGAAGAUGCACCUGUCCAGAACGGCAUCAAGAGCAAGCGCAAAGGCAAAUUCCUGCAGCAGCCGGAGAUCAUGAACAAGGACCUACCUAUGAAGGAGUAUCAACUCGUGGGACUCAACUGGCUGUACAUGUUGUACACCAAGAAGAUCUCUUGCAUUCUGGCCGACGACAUGGGACUUGGCAAGACGUGCCAGAUCAUCUCCUACUUGGCGCAGCUGCAUGUUGAGAAGGUUGAUGGAAUCCACUUGAUCAUUGUGCCUGGUUCUACCCUUGAGAACUGGUUGCGAGAGUUCGAGAAGUUCGCACCUGACAUUGCAGUGCGGCCAUACUAUGGAUCCCAGGCCGAACGCGCUGAACUGCAGGCAGACUUGGAAGCGAACCAAGACACUACCGAUGUCAUUGUCACGACCUACGAUAUGGCAGUCAAGGAGAGCGACAACAAGUUUUUGCGAAGGUUUGGGCCUUUCGAAGUGUGCGUAUACGAUGAAGCGCACAUGUUGCGCAACCCCAACUCCGACCGCUACAAUCAGCUUACACGGAUCGAUGCGAACCACAAGGUUCUUUUGACGGGCACGCCACUUCAAAACAACUUGCAGGAACUCAUUGCAAUCCUAGCAUUCAUCAUGCCUGAGCUAUUCACCGAGAAGCGCGAGGACCUCAAUUUCCUGUUCAAGCACAAGGCCACGACGAAGGAUACAUCGUCGGCUGCGCUGCUUUCCAACGAACGUGUGGCUAGAGCUCGUAGUAUUAUGGCCCCGUUCAUCCUCCGCCGCAAGAAGCAGCAAGUGCUCGACCUCCCAAAGAAGGAUUCGCGUGUGGAAUACUGCGAAAUGACGGACACACAGGCGAACUAUUAUGGGGAAUUGCUUGAUCAAUUCCAGCAAGUGCUCAAGGAAAAGACUGCGCUAGGGACUAAGAAGUCCGCCGCUGUGAACAAGGCUAGUGCCAACAUUAUCAUGGCUCUGCGCAAAGCCGCUAUUCAUCCACUGCUGUCCAGGCGAAUUUUCGACGACCAGAAGCUGAACAAACUUGUCACUACCUUGACCAAGUCCGAAGAGUUUGGUAGCAACCCACCAGACAAAAUCAGAGCCUAUCUCGAUGGCACUGCUGCGCAAUGUGUCAAGGGUGGUGACUUCGGCCUUCACAAGUUCUGCGCUCAUCCCGAUCGUCAGUUCUUGCACAAGAAAUUCGCGCUGAAGAAGCAGGAGUGGAUGGACGCUGGCAAAGUGGUCAAAUUCAAAGAGCUCAUUGAGGCAUUUGUGAAGAAUGGCGAUCGUACUCUGGUCUUUUCGCAGUUCACCACACUCAUGGACAUCUUGGAGGAAGUUCUCGAGACCCUCAACAUCAAAUUCUUGCGACUUGACGGGUCCACGAACAUGGCGGAUCGACAGGACAUGAUUGACAAGUUCUACACGGAUGAGACCAUUCCAGUGUUCAUGCUAUCGACACGUGCUGGUGGUGCGGGCAUCAACUUGGCGGCGGCAAACAAAGUCAUCAUCUUCGAUUCUGGCUUCAACCCUCAAGAUGAUAUCCAGGCUGAGAACCGCGCGCAUCGCGUAGGUCAGACGCGCGAAGUUGAGGUCGUCCGUCUCGUCACCAAGGGCACCAUUGAAGAGCAAAUUCAUGCACUCGGCGAGUCCAAAAUUGCGCUUGACGAACGUGUUGCUGGCGAAGGUGCAACUGCGGCAGAUGAGACGAAGGCGGAGAAGGCCGGUCAGCAGAUGGUUGAAGAAAUGCUGGCGGAGAAGCUAAAGCGGGAAGAGGUGAAGAAAGAAGAGCCAGAUGAGACCAAGACUACUAAUGGUGACGACUUGAAGGAUGCAUUUAAGAAGGGCUUGGAAGACGAGGGACUCAAGGUCGCGUCGAAGCAGGCCCAGUACUAGUUGUGUUGCUGAAUUUCAGCAUUGUCGCUGAACUUUUGGACGGGGAAUUGGGUAUGUACACA